AUGUCGCAACUAGACAAUCUACAAAACCGAGAUUUGGCUGAAGAAAUCGAAGCCAUCAAUGCCAUUUACGAGCCCGAUACUAUCACAUUAGACCGAGCGGGCGCAUCGUCCACUGCGAACAACACCCUCGACUUGGGGAGCGCUGGGUCAUCCAAUGACGAUGCGCGAACCACGAUAACACUCCAGCUUCCCGGCCAACCUCAUCUUUCUUUUAUAAUUGGGUUCGGCGAGACCUACCCGGAGACCCGACCUGUGAUCCUUGGGACCGCAUCGACUGCUGCGCGCGGGGAGGGAAAGAUCGCCGUCGAUGUAUUGGAAGAUAUUGUGCAACGGACAUGGCAGCCUGGUGCUGUGUGUUUGUUCGACGUUAUAAGUGAAGCGGUCGAAAUAUUUCCUGAAUUGAACAUCGGUGGAAGCAAAGAAAGCGAGCAAACCGGGGCUGCGGAUUCAACAUCUACCUAUGGAUCAUCUCUUAGCCAAGCAACAACAAAAGCCGAUAACUCGACCACGAUGCUUACAGAGGUAGCCGAGGGGUUCGGGGCUCUUUCGUUGAAAGAUGCAUUUGGACUCGAUAGUCCACCGGAUUGGAUUCUCUCCGAUGUUGUAACGGAAAAGAAAUCCGUGUUUGUAGCCAGGGCAGCACGAGUUUCGGACCUUGCGCAGGCACAAGCUUAUCUGGACCAUCUCACUGCGACUGAUAAAAAGGUCGCAGUGGCAUCUCACAAUAUAAGCGCAUGGCGUAUAAAGCAGAAGAAGGAUGUUCCUCCAGGUGCAGAUGCAGCCGAAACGCAAAUCCAGGAUUACGAUGAUGAUGGGGAGACUGCCGCCGGGGGCCGCUUACUGCAUGUUAUGCAAUUGAUGGAUGUGUGGAAUGUCCUCGUUGUGGUCUCGCGCUGGUAUGGAGGUAUUCAUCUCGGACCUGCGAGAUUUCGACUUAUUAACGAUGUUGGCCGCGACGCCUUGGUCAAAGGUGGUUUCGUCCGUGAGCAAACCCCUGGCCCUGAGAAGGGAAAGAAAAAGGGCAAGAAAUGA